AUGCCGUACAUCCCUCCACCGCACAAGAUCGAUAACGUCUUGUCUCUCACUCUGGGACAGCCGCUCAGUAGACCAUUCUCCAUCCGUCAUCCCGUCAAAUCCGACCGUGAAACGCCCAAUGUCCCGCGGAGCACAGACUUGCUCGAGGUAUACCGCGGCAUGGUCGCUACGGGCAAGCUCCGCUGGGAUGACGAGCAGAUCCGCUGUGUCAUAAAACUUCGCGACCUGCUGGAAUCGCUCGAAGCGUACGCUCCCCCGGUUGACCUCUUGUCCAAAUUAACACCGUCCGCGCCAUUCUAUCUCAGUCAAAAGACCGACUCUGGCUUAAAGUGGUGGAAAGGCAAAGGCAAAGAUCUCGAAGAGCUUGGAGGCGCGGCUGGUAGGGACCUGAUCCGCGUCUUGAGCGGAGAGGAAGAGCUGGCAAACCUCAAGACGCCAAAAGGAAUCCUCAUUACCGGACCGCCAGGUACCGGCAAGUCACUCCUCCUCUCCCUCUUCUUUGACCUCCUUCCCACCAGCAAGAAACGUCGCGUCCACUACCACGCCUUUACCCUUGCGCUAUACCGUCAAGUCUUCAAGGAAAUGCAGCGGCGACGAGACCAAGUCAGUGAAGAGGGCCGAGAGGAUAAUCGCGAGGUGGCCGCGUCGAAAGGCUGGCGUGCCGUCUUUGCUGGUGGCCGGUGGGAUACAGAAGGUGGCCAGGAACGUCGAGCGUGGAAGCGGGAAGACACGAUUCCCUUUGUCAGUGAUUUCGAUGAGCUCCAGCUCGUAGACGCAUCAUCGGCAGCGCUUCUUCGUGACGUUCUUUCCUGGUACUGGCGCCUCGGCGGUGUGAUUGUGUCCUGCUCAAACCGCGUCCCUGACGACCUCUACUACCACGGAGUGCAGCGGGAACGCAUGGCUAGCUUUUUGGACGCCUUGAAGAGCCGGUGCGACGUGGUGGAGCUCGAUGGAGGUCGGGAUUGGCGCAGGGGUCUCGACCCAGACAAACCUAUGGAGCGCACUCCAACCUGGUUUGGCGCCGAGGAUGCCACAUUCGAAAAGCUUUGGUCCACGGUCGGAGAUGCCUCGGGCAGGACCUGCCGCUUCACCUUUGCCGAACUAUGCGAGGCACCCCUUGGUCCCGCCGACUACAUCUCCCUCGCCUCCACAUUCGACACCUUUUACAUUGACGAGGUCCCGGUCCUCCUUCUGAAAGCAAAGAACGAGGCCAGGCGACUGAUUAACCUUGUGGACGCGCUAUAUGAGAGCCGGUGCCAAGUCUUCAUCCGAGCCGACGCCCUCCCCGAAGACCUCUUCUUCCCCGACGCCAUCACCUCUGUCGCCGACAGCGAUCAAAUCCUGGCCGAGGGAUUAUCAGAAACACUCCACGCACCCGCCCGGCCAAACGUCUCGGUGUACAACUAUUCUCCCGCGCAAGCGGCUGAAACGGCUGGCGAAGUGGCCGACGCCAACAAAGCCAAAGUCGGAGCCUUCAGUGUUCUCUCCAUCUUCACCGGAGAGGAUGAGCGAUUUGCCUAUAAACGCGCCGUUUCGCGACUCAUAGAAAUGACCACCUCGCCGACCUAUCCCAACGAGACGUGGCUGCCGCUGGGUGCAGAAGGGCGCACAUGGGAAUCAAUCAUUCCUAGCUCCUCGUCCUCAACCAAAGCCUUCCCCAACGAGGCCACAUUGUCAUCCGGAGACUUUGCUGUCGAGGCGGGAUAUUCCAGGCCGCAGCGACUCACGCCAGGGAUCACUCAUCAGAAUCAAGGCGCGGGACCUAGGCAUGACCCGCCCAUCAUCAAAGAAGAGCAUGUCUGGGGGGUGGCAGAUGAGUGGGGAGACAAGGCGGGCAAAUGGGGCAAGGGCCCGCGCGUGUAUAAGAAUGGGAAGAAGUAG